CUCGAUUCUUAGUUUUCUUCUUUUGCAGUGAACAAGAGUCUCAGGAAAACCUCACUCUAUCACCAUUCUUCAUCCUUUCUCUCACUUUUCUGUUUUUCUUGUUUCUUUCCGGCAUACGCUUUACAUUUCAUCCUACGUUUGAAACAAAAGUAAUCACAUAACCGCCACAAUGUCUGCUGUUCCUGGUCCCGUUUACGGCCUCGAGGUCCCUCCUGGAGAGAUCUUAAUUCCAGCCACCAUGGAAUUCCCUGCCUCUUUCCGCAUUACCAUGGCUGCUGUUGACCCUACCGAAGAGCCUGAAGCCGAUGGUGAGGGCAACAUUCCUACUGUUCCUCGAUCCACCCUGCGCCUCGUCAAGCGUGCUCUCCCUGGUCUCGAUGAGGAUGAGGAUGAUGAGAUCGAUGAUGAAUACAUGAAGGCUCUCCUCGCCGGCUCCGACGAUGAGGAGGACUCUGAUGAGGAGGCUAACGGUGGCCCUAGCGACCCCGUCAAGGCCAAGAAGCAGAGGCAGGCUGCUGCCAUCAAGAAACUUCUUGAGUCUGCCCAGGAGGAAUCUGAUGAGGAGAUGGAGGAUGCUAAGCCCAACGGCAAGGCCAAGGGCAAGGCGAAGGCUACCGAGGAGGAUGAGGAUGAGGAUGACGACUCCGAUGAUGACAGCGAGGAGGGUGCCGAUCUUGAGAACUUUGUCAUCUGCACUCUCGAUACUGAAAGAAACUACCAGCAACCCCUCGAUAUCACUGUCAACCAUGGCGAGAAGGUUUUCUUUGUCGUUACUGGUACUCAUACCAUCUACCUCACCGGAAACUACAUCAUGGACGAUGAUGAGGAUGAGGACGAUGAGGACGAGGAUGACUACGAUCUUUCUCCCGAUGAGCUUGAAUACGCCCUCGAGGGUGAGGAGAGCGACGAGAGUGACGAGCUUGAUGGUGUCCAGGACCCCCGUGUUCAGGAGAUUGAGUCUGACGAGGAGGCCCCUAAGCUCGUUUCCGUCCAAAAGGGCAAGAACAAGCGCGCCGCUGAAGAGGCCACCGAGGGUCUUGACGAGCUCAUCUCUAAGGAUGAUGCCAAGCUGUCCAAGAAGCAACAGAAGAAGCUCAAGAACAACAAGGGCGAGGCUGUUGCUACCGAGGAGAAGAAGGACGCUAAGAAGGUUCAAUUCGCAAAGAACCUCGAACAGGGCCCUACUGGCUCUGCUGAGAAGGCCAAGCAGGGCAAGGCCACCACCGGUGUCAAGGUUGUUCAGGGCGUGACCAUCGACGACCGAACUAUUGGCAACGGCCGCACUGUUAAGAACGGCGACACUGUUGGUGUCCGAUACAUCGGCAAGCUCCAGAACGGAAAGCAGUUCGAUGCCAACAAGAAGGGUAAGCCUUUCUCCUUCAAGGCCGGCAAGGGACAAGUGAUCAAGGGCUGGGACAUUGGUGUUAUUGGCAUGGCUAUUGGUGGUGAGCGCCGUCUCACUAUCCCCGCUCAUCUUGCCUACGGCUCCCGUGGCCUUCCUGGCAUUCCCGCCAAUAGCACAUUGAUCUUCGAUGUCAAACUUCUUGAGAUCAAGUGAGUGUAGUAUAUGCCUCCUCUCACUCGACACCAAGCCGACUUGCCACCGACCUCGUGACAUAAUACCCCCCAAACAGAGGCGGCAGAGUCUGGCGACAAGUUGAUGACGUCGUGACGCCUGUGUUCCCCAGGCUUCAUAUAUCAUAUCUGCUGUUCACCCGGUGUUGUUGUUUUGCAUGCGAGGAUAAGAGAGCCCGGACUUGUACAUUCUGCCGAGGGCCUUCAAUGUUUAGAACAGAGACAAGGUGGCCAUUUAGAA